AUGUCCAGCGCCGCCGAGGGAAGUGCUGGGAAUGUCAGCCAGAACACAGCCUCGGAGCAUCACCGAGAGAGUAGCAAAGGUCUCCGCCGAGCCAGCUUCAGCGACAAUAAAGACGGCGUGGCUGCGGGAGCCCUACGCGAGACCAUCCUCUCCGAGCAGGCACGGCGAAAUGAAGAUUCCUCAGUGGGAGAGACCAUCCCGGAAUCCGCCAUUGAAUCAGCGGCACCCACGCCGUUGGUAGAGGUGGAGAACCCGCUGCGCACAAGCAAGACGGACAAGCCCGCUAGCAACCCCGACAAGCCGGUCACGGGCGCAGAGGAGGAGCCUGCAAAGAUGAAACCCGCGGAUCCCGCCAGUGAAGAGGCUGUGAGUGGAGGGAAAGCACUGGCAGGCGCGGAGGAUCUGCGCAAGUCACAGGCGAAGAAGACUGCAAAGACAUCACCUGCCGUUACCCGUUCUACCGCCAAUACCAAUGGCAAACCGCCAGGAAUCACAACCAAGGACACGAGCAAGUCCACCUCGAACUCACUCAAAUCGCCCGCCAGCCAAUCCAAGACACCUGUGUCUCCAUCUUCCACUGGGGCCUCACAACCUACUUCUGCUCCAGCAGCGAAAAAGCCACCCCGUGCCUCUCUUACUGCACCGACCGCGGCAUCAGUAGCUCGGGCAGCAGCAGCUGAGAAAGCGAGCGCUUCUAGCAAGGCUGCUCCCAAACCCAAACCCAGAGAGGUUACCAAAACUGCGGACGUCUCACGAUUGACCGCGCCUACAGCAGCUUCUCGCGCCAAAUACGAGCCUGCUACUGCUGCUCCUGCCAUCCCAAAACCUACGACAAAGCCCAAGACUGCUGCCGCUUCAUCAAAACCUGCACCACGCCAAUCACUGGGUCGUCCCGAUUCACGUGGCUCACAGAACUCUGCAACAAAACGUUCAGGCCCUGUCGAUUCGAGUUUCUUGGAGCGCAUGACACGACCAACCGCCGCAUCAUCUAACAAAACCCAGAAGGCGGAGCCAGCAGCCCCAAAACAACUCCCACAACGUACCAAGCCGAACGGCCACCCAAAAGGAGUAAAGACCGCUUCGAAGGAUGCUGUGGUGGAGCCCUCUGGGGACACUACUGCUAUUGAGGAACCUUCGAUUGUUCAGGAAGAGUCUCCGGCAGCAGAGCAGACUGAGGAAACAUCCAAGCAGGAAAUUGCUAAGCCAGAGUCCAAGUCAGAGCCACAGCUCGAGCCCGAGCCCGAGUCAGAAGCGAAGGUCCUUGAGACGAAGGCUGCUCCUGCUCCCGAACCAGCGGUCGAAAAGAAAACAUCCCCGCCUCAAACGAACGGCCACACGAAAGAAAAGCAGCCAACACCAGGGAAACCUUCUCCGGCUGCUGAGAAACCCUCCCCAGCUUCCGAGACCGCAGAAGCCGUCAAAGGCGAGAAGCCCUCUUCCGCUUCAAACACCGCAGAAGCUGGCAAAAGCGAGAAGCCAUCCUCAGCUUCGAAUGCCGCAGAUACCGCAGACACCGUCAAGAAUGAGAAGCCCUCCUCCGCUCCGAACACCGCAAAAGCCGGCAAAAGCGAGAAGUCACCCCUAGCUCCGAAUACCGCUGAAGAUGUCAAAAGCGAGACGCCUUCUUCCGCUUCCAACACCGUAGAAGCUGUCAAGACCGAGAAGCUUUCCUCCGCUUCCAACAGCGCAGACACUGUCAAAAGCGAGAAGCCCUCAUCGGCUGCUAGACCCGCAGAAGCCGUCAAAAGCGAGAAUACUUCCUCCACUCCCAACACCGCAGAAGCCGUUACAGCAGAGAAGACUUCCGCUUCCAAUACCGCAGACGCUGUCAAAAACGAGAAGUCUUCCCUCGCCGCCGACAACUCGGAAGCCGUCAAAGGCGAGAAGCCUUCCUCAACUUCCGAGAUCGCAGAAGCUGUCAAAAGCUGA